UCCAGUCGCAAUCACGCCGAGUGAUUUUUGUACGAACUGAUAAUCAGUAAGCACACUCAAUGAUCCCCACUAUCAGCUCCUCUUACAUAAACAUCUCUAUCACGCAUCGUUUCCCAAUAUCAUCCCAACUUGUGUGAAAGUCAAAACGAACAAGACCUCAAACCAUUUAGUUAGUCAAAAUGAGUACGCAGCCGAAAACAAACCUCCUGGACUACAUCAGUAGUUUGGACAUUACAGCCAAACCGAAAUAUCUGCGGCUAACGGGAAUCGUGUGUACGAUCGGACCAGCAUGCCAGAAGGUAGAGAUUUUGGAGAAAAUGCUCGAAGCUGGAAUGAACGUGGCACGUUUGAACUUCUCUCACGGUACUCACGAGUACCACGUCGAUUUGAUCAAAAACAUAAGGACCGCUGUGGACAACUACAGCAAGAGAAUAGGCCGCUACUGCCCCCUUGCCAUCGCCAUCGACACCAAAGGCUCCGAAAUCCGAACUGGAGUACUAGAAGGGGGCAUCUCUGCCGAAGUGGUCCUGGAGAAAGGGUCAAAAGUGACCGUGACAACCGACGAAAAGUAUGCCAAAAAGUGCACCAAGAGCGUCAUCUACGUCGAUUAUAAAAACAUCACCAAGGUGCAGAAACCCGGAAACCAGAUUUUCAUCGACGACGGUUUGAUUACCCUCAACUGUGAGAAAAUCCAAGGCUCGGAGAUCACUUGCUCGGUUGCCAAUGGGGGAAAACUGGGGAGUAGUAAAGGGGUGAACCUGCCAGGCGUCGAGAAAGACCUGCCCACGGUUUCGGAAAAGGACAAGAAGGAUUUGAAAUUCGCAGUUGAGCAGAACGUCGACUGUGUUUUCGCCUCGUUCACACGAAACGCCGAAGAAGUGCGCCAGAUUCGCUCCAUUUUAGGCGACAGCAACAUUCGGGUGAUUGCCAAGAUCGAGAACACGCAAGGUGUGAAGAACAUGGACGAGAUUAUUGAAGCUGCCGAUGGGAUUCUCAUCGAUCGGGGCGACCUGGGGAUGGAAAUCUCCUUCCAGAAGGUGUUCCUCGCCCAGAAAGCCAUCAUCGCGAGGUGUAACAAAGUUGGAAAGCCCAUCAUUAUCGCCACCCAUUUGCUGGAAUCAAUGGUUGAUAAACCAAGGCCUACGAGAGCCGAGAGCUCGGAUGUGGCCAAUGCUGUACUGGACGGUGCCGACUGUGUGAUGCUAGCAGGGGAGACGGCCAAGGGCUUGUACCCUGUGGAGUGUGUGGAGACCAUGGCUUUGAUUUGCAAAGAGGCCGAGGCAGCGGUGUGGCAAAAACAGCUCUUUAACGACCUCAAAAGCCAGCCUAAAGUACCGCUUGACAUCGUCCAAACUACCGCAAUAUCCACAGUUGAAGCCUCGAUGAACUCGCUAGCCACGGCCAUCAUCGUGGUCACGAAAACGGGAAAAUCGGCACAAUUGUUGUCAAAAUACAAGCCAAAGUGCCCGAUUAUUGCAGUGACGAGGAAUGCGCAAGUUGCGCGCCAGUUACACUUGUUCAGGGCGAUUAUGCCCUUGUAUUUUGACGGCCAAAGCCCAACCGAGUGGUUGAAAAAUGUGGAAGUCCGGGUUAAAGCCGGAGUUAGUUAUGGAAAGUCGUUGGGGUUUGUUAAAUCAGGGGAUACUGUAAUUAUUGUGACGGGUUUGCAUCAAGGGCCUGGCUCUACAAACACUCUUACGUUGAUGACUGUCCAAUGAGGUUGAGUGUUUUGGGUUUAGUAUUGUGUUGCUAAUUAAAACUGUAAUAAUGUUGUUAAUUUAAAACGUUGUUUUUUUAAUAAUUCUGCUUAUUAAAGCUAGUGAUUAUUGACGAUUGUCCCUAAUUGUAACAUAACAUGCGUAAUAAAGUAAUUGUAUCGAUUGGUUAAGCAACCAACGAUACACACAAACAAAGUUUGAA